GGCAGACUGGUGCAGCGCUCGGCGCGUACGGCUGGAGCUCCUCCUCCGCCUCCUCCUGCGCGGAGCCCUGACGGCACCUUCUCCUCCGCCGGGCUGGUCGCCGCCGCCGCCGCCGCAUCCCCGCUGCCUCGGCGCCCCGAGCAGGAGGAGAAGACGCCGCUGGGCCGCCGCCGUUAGAGGGGACCCCGGCCGCCGCUCGCCCCCUCGGCCGUCGCCGUCGAGGUCUGCCCUGCCUCGGGGUCUCCGCUGUCUCCUCCCGCUGCCGGCUCCCGCUGACCGCCGCGAUGGGGCUCCUGGACUCCGAGCCCGGCAGUGUCCUGAGCGCGGUGUCCACGGCGCUCAACGACACGGUGGAGUUCUACCGCUGGACCUGGUCCAUCACAGAUAAACGUGUGGAAAAUUGGCCUCUAAUGCAGUCUCCAUGGCCUACGCUUUGUAUAAGUACUCUUUAUCUCCUGUUCGUGUGGCUGGGCCCAAAGUGGAUGAAGGCCAGAGAACCUUUUCAGAUGCGCUUAGUGCUCAUUGUCUAUAAUUUUGGGAUGGUUUUGCUUAAUCUUUUUAUCUUCAGAGAGUUAUUCACGGCAUCCUAUAGAGCAGGAUAUAGCUAUAUUUGCCAGAGUGUGGAUUAUUCUGAUAAUGUUAAUGAAGUCAGGAUAGCUGCUGCUCUGUGGUGGUACUUUGUAUCUAAAGGAAUUGAGUAUUUGGACACAGUGUUUUUUAUCCUAAGGAAGAAAAACAACCAAGUCUCUUUUCUUCAUGUAUAUCAUCACUGUACAAUGUUUACAUUGUGGUGGAUUGGAAUUAAGUGGGUCGCAGGGGGACAAGCAUUUUUCGGAGCCCAGCUGAAUUCCUUCAUUCAUGUGAUUAUGUACUCAUACUAUGGGCUAACUGCAUUUGGCCCAUGGAUUCAAAAGUAUCUUUGGUGGAAACGAUACCUGACCAUGUUGCAGAUGGUUCAGUUCUUUGUGACCAUUGGACACACAGCAAUGUCUCUUUACACGGAUUGCCCCUUCCCGAAGUGGAUGCACUGGGCUCUGAUUGCCUACACCAUCAGCUUCAUAUUUCUCUUUCUCAACUUCUACAUUCGGACAUACAAUGAGCCUAAAAAAUCAAACACUGGAAAAACAGCUGUGAAUGGUAUUUCAGCCAAUGGUGUGAGCAAAUCAGAAAAACUGGUGAUAGAAAAUGGAAAAAAGCAGAAAAAUGGAAAAGCAAAAGGAGAGUAAAUUGAACUAGGUCUUAACUGUUGUUGACAGUGAGGAAGCUCCCAUUUCAGAUAAAAUUUUAGGGAAAACAAGCAAAUGAGGGUUUGGGGUGGGGAGAAAAAUGGCAAAUGUGCUCCUAUGUAUUAGUGACCUUUAGAUUGAGUAAAGUGUUAACUAUGAUACCCAGAUGUUUUAUUUAUGAUGUUUUUAUUUUAAACAUUUUUUUUAUUAGCUUUCAUGUUGUCCAGACCAAAGCAAUUAUUAUGUGACUUUGGAGGCUCUCCCUCUGUUCACAUCGUCUGUCUAUUGCAUGAAAUUUCUCAUGUAUCUUAUAUGCAGUUAUUCUUCAGUCCGAUGAUCACAGAAACACAGUCUUUAUGAGUUUUUUUGGGUUUUUUUUUUUGCUAAAUUACUAAUUACCUACUGAUUAAAUCAGUUACUUUACAUUUGCUGGUCCAAAGCUGGAAAUGCAGAUACUUUAAAAUUUGCACAUUUGAAUUUGCUGACUGGAAUGAUCGAAUCUCUCCACCUCUGGUUUGAAUAUACCUUUUUGGUUGUAAUUAAAUUUUUAAAAUCUGAUGAUCUCUGUAGACUUUUAGAGGCUUGAUGAUGAUGGUGUUGGUGAAAAUAAGAAAGAAUUACAGUAAAAUCCUGUCUGGCGACCCAGAGGUCACCAUGACUUGUGGCACAAAUCACUGCGGGAAACAGUUUUUGUGAAAAGGCAGCCUUUCAAUAUUUUUAUGACUAUCAGAAAUACAUUAUGGAAAUUAAGAUUAUUGUCUGAUUGGAAUGUGAAACAACUCAUGUCUUUAUUGAUGACAUCAUAAAUAGUUACAUUAAUGUGCUGUUAGGAGACAGUAUGUUGAUUUUUACCAGACUUCUAAUGUUUUGAUUUGCGGCUGUUAACCGAUUUUUCAUAUGUGGAAAUAUACCUACCUCUUCUGUUGGAAAGAACAUUUAAAAUUAAAUAAAUUUUAAUUUAAAAAAUCAAGGAGUCCUCUAUUGUAGAUCUUAAUAUUAACUAUCCAAUCCACUAGUGUUUUUUUUAUUUUUUAUUUUUUGCUUUUUUACAAAUGGGCAUACACCAAAUUUUUCUGUGAAACUAUUCUUCUCUUUCAAUGUGUUUAAUUUUGGAGUGAUAUUUUUCUUGUGACAGAGUUGCAAGAUCUUAUUUAUUAACCAGACUAGUAGCCCUGCGCACGAAUCCGUGCACCAGUAGCUCUCUGCGAGGCCUGGCCACUCCACACCCCCUGCCCAGAGACCCAUCUGUGGCCAGGUGCGGAACGCUUGCCUUGUUGCUGUGGCUCUCAGCGGCCGCUCCCCUUACCCCCCAGGACGGGGGGACUCUGAUGGGGCUGAGAGGACUGGGCACUGCCAUCUUGUGGCUAUGGGCGCCGCCAUCUUUGUGAUGGAGUGACAGUUAAUUUGCAUAUUACCCUUUUAUUAGGUAGGAUAUGAAGUGUAAACCCAUUUUGGUGCAAUAUUCAUGACUCCUUGGUGCUAAAAAUCAUUAAAUUCAGUGCUUGAUUGUUAUAAGGUGUUAAUUGUUAAGACACAAAAUGAAUAAAAAUGAGAGUAGUCAGAACUAGAAAGUUAAAUUUGCUGUUUACAAAUGAAGUAUUUCAUGUAAUAUAAAUGAACAACUGGAAAUUCACUAAGAAAGAGAAGUUGUACAGUGUCUUAUUACAGAGGUCAAAUUGUUAGGGGUGUUGCACAGGAAUCAUUAUGGGAAGAGAAAAUGAAUCUUUCUAAGUAUCUCAAGAUGUCAAAACUGCAUGUGCAGGAUGUAUGCUUUUUGUGCAGACCAACUAUUUAAGAAUAUUUGUAAACUAUAAAAUAUUUAUUGUGCUUUAAAAUUAUACACUUUUCCCCCAAAAAGUAUGCAGUCAUGAAAAUUAUAGAAAAUUUGCAACAAAUAUAGCAGUUUGGUCUAAGAGGAUUCAGCACCUGUGUUUUUGCUGCUCAGUGUGUAAUGACUAGAGAUUUGUAAAUCUUUGUGAACAUUCUGUACUGGUUCCCCAGAGCUAUUCAUUCCCUGCUACCUGAUUUCAGCACAAUAAAUAUACUACUGCUGUGGGAAAACUGA